GACUCGCUGCUGCAUCAAUCGAGUAGCUGUUGCGACGCUUCUGUUGCUGACAAGGAUUCUAGACGUGGGGCAGGAGGUCUGCUGUGUCUGUGCUCUGUCGUUGCAUAUUCAACAGCCAAGCUCCGUCAGGCAAAAAUAUUACAUAAUUAUACAAAGUAAGGCAAACACACACACACACACAAAGGCGAGCAUCUGAAGGACUGGCUGGCGUUUUGGUGUUUGAUGACCCUGUUUAUGAAUACGUUAGCAUUAAUUAACUUUGAUUUAAUUAAACGUACCACGGCCCAGGACCCUGCCACGGUCACUUGCCAGGCCCAAGUCCCAGUCUCAGUCAGCCAGCCUCAACUUAUCAGCUCGACUUGGCUGCCACUGCUGCUACUUCUGGUUAAUCUUUUAACCAGUUGCUGUGCGCGUUGCGCCUUUUGCGGUUUGGCACCAAAAGCUGGCAGCCAACGCAGCCAACUGGAAGAACAGCAGCAACACGAGUUAUAUUUGACUAAAAUAAUGAUACGAUUACAAGAGAUAACUUGAGGCUAAGAGCUGUUGAUGGUAUGAAUGUGAGGCUUAUUACAGGAAAUAUGUUCAUGUGGGAAUGUGUUUAAUGUUAUUUUCAAUAAGGACCUAUCGCACUUUCGAGUAAAGGAAUUUCCCUUUGUCUC